AUGGAGGAGAACGCCCUUAAGGUCUUCCGCAUCACAUUCGAGUCGGGCAGCCUUUUUACAGUGUCGGGUGUGAAAAAACUCAUCAGUGUGGGAUUUGACCUAAACCGUACAAUCGAUCAGGAAACAGGAUUGAGCAUCUUACACUACGCGGUGAAAUCAACCGAUUUCCAAUUUAUUAAAUUUCUACUGAGUGUUAACGCGGAUCCAAACAAUCCAGACAAAAACGGACGGACGCCUUUGCACUAUACCGUCUUCAAUAACCUACCCGCCUAUGUGAAACUUCUGGUUAAGAACGGUGCCGACUCGAACCGUGAGUGCAACGAACAUCUUACACUAACAGCACUCGCCAUCAUCGAAGACAAUUCAGAGAUGCUGACACUCCUAAUAUCUCUCGGAGCCGACCCUGACCGUAUCAUAGAGUUGGAUGGCGAGCAGGUGACGCUUCUGCAGCUCGCAGUGAGUUUGUACAAUUUUAAAAUCGUACGGCUGUUGUUGGAGAAUGGUGCGGAUCCAGACAAAAGUGCCCCCGCGACGGGAGAAACAGCGUUACACGUCGCCGCACGCGCCCGUCCACUCGAGAGAAGAAAGCUGAUAGCUCUGCAAUCCACGUUGUACACAUUGAUUGCGCGCGGCGCCUCACUCGAGACGAAACGAAACGAUGGUUUUACCCCAUUACAGGUGGCCAUACUGUAUAGGAGAUAUGAAGCGGCAAGGAUUUUAAUCAUCGGCGGAUCAAGACUGAACAGUACAACCGAACGAGGUGAAUUUCGGGGGCGUACGUCAUUUCAUUUAGCUGCAAGUUCGCUGGACGUCGAUUUGAUCGAUCUCUGUUUGAAGUAUGGAGCCGACGUGAACGUGUGUGUCAGCCACGGGAUAGACCCUCCGGGCAGUACUUUGUUGGCCGCGAUAUACGAUUUUAAAGAUAAAGGAGUGGACAAUUCCGAAGUCGUGGUGGAAAUUUUAAAAAUGUUCACGAGGUGCAACUUUCCAGUCGAUGCUAUACAGGAUUUUUGGGAGUGUGUUAAAAUAUUUACAUUAAAAAAAAUCUAG